AUGUGCUGUCAGCGUCGGCGUCGACGUCGCCGUUGAACUUCUUGGCUCGGAAAUUUCUUUUCGUGUUGCGCCUGCGCACAGUUGGCUUUCUACCGUUGACGUCUGCGGAUUUGUGCGCACCCAGUGUCUGCGUUUCAUCGUUUUUUCUGUCGAUUUCGCGGUUCGGUUCGAUUUGAUUGUGGACGUGGACUUCAUCUUCCUCCUCUUCGCACACAUCUACACGUAGAGAGAUACAGAUACAGAGAUACAUAGUGUGGCGAACAUGUGAAGUGGCAAUAAUCGAAAGAGCAAGCCACAGAAAUUAGAACAAACCCAUAGCAAAAAUACAAAAGAAAGAAAGAUACAAAAAGAAAAAGAAGUGAACAAAUUCAAAUACAAAAUUAAAAUGCGGCUAAUAAAUUGUGAAAAUGGUUGACAAAAAGUUAAAGAAAUUGUCAAAUACAUUCCAAAUUCAACUACUUAAAUCCCCAAAAAAGUGCUAAAAGUGAAAAAAAAAAAAAAACAAAACAGAAAACAGUGCAAUACGAAAGGAAAUACGCUUAAUAAAAAGUUAAAAUUCAAAACAAAUUAUUUAAAUAAAAAUUAAAUAAUAUUACACAUGCUAAAUACUCCCAAAACCAAAACGCUGUUGUAAAUAUUUUAACCCGGAAAUCAGCUGCGUUUGCCCAUUGUACAUACUGCAAAAAACAAAAAACCAAAUCAAAAAUAUUGGAAAUCAAUCAAAAUUAAACUAUUAUCCACUACGGAACUAUCAUCCCAAAAAGUUAUAUAUCUUUAUCCCACACAUAAUAAACAAUAUCUAUACCCGCUCAUUAUUUUAUGCAUAGUUUUAUGUCUUCUUCCCAUUGUUUUUGAUUUUUAAAUUACCACCCCAAGGAUUAUUAAAUAUUAAAAAUAAAACAAGGAUUAUCGCAAAACACAAAAAACUUAAACCACAAAGUUGAUAAAUUUUUGAACAUUUGUUUUCAAAAUGUCUAUUAGCUGAAGCUGCAAUUUCGUAACACUCAUAACUUGGCCCUUGGAUAACACAGGAUCUGUUAACCCUCGGAUCGCCGGAAGAUUCGCCUCGAUCGCCUGGGUCCACUGACAAUGAAGUUUUGCAGCAUGAACGGCCCAAGUGAAUCGGAAGUUGAGAGCCUGCUGAUGAGCCCGUGCUGGGGACCGCCCCAAACCUCUGCCCAGGAUCAGUAUCUGCUCGAUGGGCACAAGCUGUUGCUGGAGCAUGACUUGGACUCCCUGCCCAGUGAUGCGGAUCAGAAGAAUUCGUUGGAUGUGCUGGAUAAUCUGCUCUUAAAUGGAUCAUCCCUGAAUGCCUUGUCGGAUUUAAAGCCGCUGCCACCAUUUACAGGGUAUACGGGUCAUCUGUCUAUAAAUGGAAUCUCUGGCCACCAUUACCAUGCCAUUGCCCAAAGGCUGCCGGAUGAGAGCAAUAACAACUAUAUGCAGAGUGCCUAUCACCAGCAGAAUCAAUCGAAUCCCACAUCCACAACGCAAUCGAAUGGGGGCAAUAGCAAUAGUAACUCCAACUCCAAUGAGCACAACAUAGUCUCCUCCUCCACCUGCUUACCAGAGAGUGUCCUGAGUGGGAGUGGCCAAAAUGGUGGCAACGAUGGUUGCCUGGCGGACGUCAAGCUCUUCGCCGAUAGUCAACUAGAUUCUAAGCUUUACUCCGUUGCCGAUAGCUGUGUGAUGAAUGGUUCCGGUACGGGAUCCACACAAAAUGGCAAUGGAGCCGGUCCCAGCAUAGCCACAUUAACGCCCAUCGAUCAGGUGGCCGAUUCCCUGCACAAUUCCGGUGUUCGCAUCUACAAGGAUCUGACGGAGUAUGUGGAUAUGAAUUCCAUUGAUGAUAUAGCCGCCAUUAUAGGUUCCGCGAUUGCGGAUACCACGGUGCCGAAUCAGCUGGACAAAGACGAUAACAAUGAUACGCGGGACAGUUGGAUGGAUCUCGAUGCCUGGAUCGAUGGCAAUUGCAUACAGCAGGAGUCGGCCAAGGUUUUGGUAUCACAGCAGGAUUCUCUCGGAGAUUUCAUGCUGCCGCACAGUCCACUGCCCAUGCAUGCCAGCAGUUCGACGCUCCAGAGUUUACUGAGCCAUGGCUAUAUGCCAUUGCUGCAGAAUCGCCUGCAGAACGGUCCACCAAAUGGCCAAUCCUCGGGUGGCGGAGCGAAUCAAGGAGCGGGGAUCAAGGGUGAUCCCCAGGCGCCGACAUCUACCUCGUACUGUAACGAACUGGCGGCGGCCACCAGCAGCAGUUGCAGUCCACCCGGUUCGGUGGUCAGCACCACGGACAAUCCAAAUGGUCUGAUGAUCAAUCCGCGUUACUUGAGCAAUCCAACUAACAACCAGGGGACGGGGAAUCCCCAUCAGCAAGGUGGCUACUCCAUGCAAGGUUCUGGCCUAUCUCUCAAGGAUAAUGGCCUCUGCUCGCCGGAUCUCUUGGGCAAUUAUCCGCAUACGACAACGGCCAGCACGACGGGCUCGGAGAUGCGAACUGGUGCGCCCAAGGCCAAGAGAUCCCGUUCCCAAAAGAAGUCCAACCAGCAGCAACAACAGCAGCAACAACAACAACAACAGCAGGUAGAGGGCGGUGGUCCACCAACCACGCCCCAAAUGAGCGCCAUUUCACCAUCAGGCUUCAGUGCCAGCGAUCUUAGUGGUCUGCUUGGCAAGGAGAAGCCCGUCCAUCGGUGCAGCAUUUGCAAUCGAGGAUUCCUCAACAAGUCCAACAUCAAGGUGCAUCUGCGCACCCACACCGGCGAGAAACCCUUCCGCUGCGACGUCUGCGCCAAGGCCUUUCGCCAGAAGGCGCACCUGCUCAAACAUCAACAGAUACACAAGAGAAUUGGGCGUGACUGACGCUCCUCCACGAGCUUUAUGUUUUAGCCGCACAAACCAGUAGCAUCUACCAGGGAGAUAUUCUAUGACCAGCACAGAAAACUAAGAUGACUUUUUGAUUCGAUUUGGUGGUUAGGCUAUGGGUAUAGGUUCAGCUAGCCAGAAUCUCCAGAAGUUCUUCUUUAAAAAGUAGAAAUUUUGGUGAUUCUUGGAGAGAUGAAGUUUUAUGCUUUGAAAACCACUGAAAUUUGAACUUGAUAUGACAAAAAUAUAUAUCUCUGCUAUUUGAUAUUUAGGGAAACAAAUUCAAAAAUCUUUUUAGGCCAAGAAACCAAUAGUUUGGAACCCUCGUAAGGGUUUAGUGAUUAAAAAGUUCUUGAAACUGCUUUCAAGGCAUUUAAAAUCAUUAAAAUUAAUAGCAAAUGUGGUUUUUUAUCAACUGUAACCCGAAAAAGCAGUUGAUAUAUAUUCUUUGAUCCAUUCAAGUUCAUGUCAUCUUAGACUUUUCUGUAAUUUGGUUCCUCUAAGGAUCCAAGCUGGUAGAAUUCUUCCUGUGUUCACAGUGUACGUGUGUGCCAGUGCUGGGCCAGGAUAAUGUCUGAGUAUCGUUCAGAACUCGGAGAUUAUCCCAGUCUAUAUAUAGAGAGUAUAUAUAGUUCAAAUUUGAAAAGGUCACGCAGUGGCAUACACACACUUUUUGAUAUUCGUUGUUGUUGGUUGCUUUUGAUCUCUUCGCUUAUUCGUAAUUAGUGAGAAAUGAAGGUUAGGAAAAUGCCAAAAAACUUUUAAAAUGUCAAAGAAAAGAUAUUAGAAAAGAAACUUUAAAUUGUUGUAGAUACAAAAACCAAUCUUUAACUAGAGAGAAGAAACAAAAUUUAUCCCUUUUAACUUCUAACAGGUUAGUUCAACCUUAGUUAACAUCAACCUACUACCUCCAAUUAUAGAAAAAAACAUAAGAUCAAGUUUAGAAACACUUUAUAAGAUCCAUCUUUAGCUCCUUAGCUUCAGUUAAAGCGAAAAUCCAAAGAGACCACAAGCAAUGUAAGAACAACGAAGCGUCCAAUUGUCAUUCUGCAACUGUUGUUCUGUUUUGAUGCAGGGUCGCGACCUUCUAGCUGCAAAGGUCCUGGCACAGGUAAAUCAUAAUACCCCCCCUCUAACAAUCUAGACAAUAAUAUUAACAAAAGUUGUAUAAAGUUCUGAAUGUUGUCUGUACCUCAUCAUGUUGAAAACUGAAAAAAAGUGACGCAUACAAAUUACAUUUUAAAUUAAAACUAAUCAAGAAAGCAAUAACAAUUUUAAAUUAAACUACUAUUAAAAUGUACAAAAAACCAAUGGAAAAAGCGUUAUUUUUAUAGUAAUGUUCUUAGUUUUUAAGAUUUAGUAGCGGGCUUGGCAAAAUAUUAUUCAUAAUAAUUAAUUUGCAAAAAAAAAAGAAAAGAAAAAAGAAAAUCUGAAACGUAAAAUAGAAUGGAAAAUCUUAAAAUGAUGAAAAUCGUUUAGCAAUGUACUCAAGUAAUAAACUCGAUUUAAUUUAGCCAAUAGCGUAAAGCGUUGUUAAUUUGUUUUUUAAAAAAAAAGUUUGUUGCUAAAGUUUUAACGUUAAUCUUAAAUAUAAAUUAUGUUCGAUAUAUAACCGAAAUUAUUUAUCUUAAAUCCAACACUCAGCACCCGAAAAAUCAGAUUAAAUAAAACCAUAAAAUAGUUUAAUUCUAAUUUAAAUUAAUGUAUAAUUUCCAUAAAAAAAACAAUUAAUAAUUGUGUUAUUUUAGUUAUCGUGCAAUUUUAUUUAUUUCUAAAAACAAAACAAAAAAAAAACAAACUUGAAUUUUGUUCAACACAUUUCGAUUUGUAAAUAUUUAUUUCGUAAUUGUAAUGCUUAAUAUUUAAUUAAUUAUUUUAUAAAUAAAUUCAAAUGUCAUUCAAAAUGUGCAAAACAAACUAAGCCUAA